AUGGAGGACGAAAUCUAUGAAAAUGAGGAUUAUCCCGAUCCUGUUAAUCCAGCACCUUUGAAAAAUCAAACAGGUCCCAGGAGCUCUGAGAGCAUAUGUCGUGCUGUAGAUUUCUGUCUGGGGCUGCUGAGUGUUUUCCUGCUGGCUGGACUCAUCGGUGUCUCCGUCCACUGCCACGUCUCUUUAUGUGGAUCAGCUGCAAAUCUCUCCACUAUCAGCGCCAACCUGACUGAGCGUCUCCAGGCCGUGUCCUCAGAGAGAGACCGGCUGAAUGCCACACUCACUGAAAUGACUAAAGAGCUGGACAGGCUACAACUUUUGUCCAAACAGAAGAAGACGUGUCCUGCAGGAUGGAUAAUGUUCAGCUCCAGCUGUUAUCUCUUCUCCUCUGCAACUGGUUCUUGGGAAGCAGGCAGACAAGACUGCAGAGACAGAGGAGCAGAUCUGGUGAUCAUAGACAGUUAUGAAGAACAGGAAUUCAUCACGAAGUUCAUCAAGGAAUACACUUGGAUUGGUUUGAAUGACCGAGACAACGAAGGCGUCUGGAAAUGGGUUGAUGGAUCUCCACUGACUGAAGCGUACUGGAUGAGUGGAAUGCCUGAUAACGGUGGUGGAGAUCCAAAGUACGGUGAAGAAGACUGUGUAGAAAUCCAAACUGGCUAUAGAAGAGCGGUGAUCAUGGGAAGCAGAAUGGGAGUCCCGUGUGAAGUGAUCUCUGACCGCACCAGCGCCCACUGCGCUGGCAUCCAGCUCAAGCUUAAAGGGAGUGGAAAAAUCAGGGGCCGCGAGAACGAGAGCGUGACUUAA